CCCCCUUGCCACGGCCCACCUGCCCGCCGCGGGUUAAGGCUGGGAGGCCGCAGCGUGCGGCGAGGGCCGCCGCACAUGCGCCUUGAGGAAAGAUGGCACCUGCCGGCUGCUGCUGCUGCUGCUGCUACUGCUGCUGGGGCGGCGCUGUGGCCGCCGCGGACGCCGCCCGGCGCGUCCUGAUGCUGCUGUUGCUGGGGGUCCUGUCCGUCGGGCCGCGCCCGGGUGCGCUGGCCACUGAGCACUACUCGCCGCUGUCCCUGCUCAAGCAGGAGCUGCAGCAUCGGCAGCAGCAGGAGGCCCAGGCAGGCGGCGGCUGCAGCCCGCAGUCCGGGGACUGGGGAGACCAGUACUCGGUCGAGUGCGGCGAGUCAUCCUUUCUGAACUUCCACGACUCAGACUGUGAACCCAAAGGGCCGCCACCCUGUGACUCACUGCUUUCCCUCAACACUGAAAAGAUCCUGAGCCAGGCCAAGUCUAUUGCAGAACAAAAGAGAUUCCCUUUUGCCACGGAUAAUGACAGCACAAAUGAAGAGCUAGCUAUUGCUUAUGUGUUGAUUGGCAGUGGUCUCUAUGAUGAAGCCAUAAGACAUUUUUCAACAAUGCUUCAGGAGGAGCCUGAUCUGGUUAGUGCAAUUUAUGGCCGAGGGAUAGCCUAUGGAAAGAAGGGAUUACAUGACAUUAAGAAUGCUGAACUUGCUCUGUUCGAAUUGAGCCGAGUAAUUACCUUGGAACCAGAUCGUCCAGAGGUAUUUGAACAGCGAGCAGAAAUUCUGUCCCCUCUGGGACGAAUUAAUGAAGCGGUGAAUGAUCUCACCAAAGCUAUUCAGCUGCAGCCCUCAGCACGGCUGUACAGACACCGGGGGACCCUGUACUUCAUAUCAGAGGACUAUGCGACCGCCCACGAAGAUUUUCAGCAGUCCCUAGAGCUGAACAAAAACCAGCCUAUAGCUAUGCUAUACAAAGGUCUAACUUUCUUUCACAGAGGACUUUUGAAGGAAGCUAUUGAGUCCUUCAAAGAAGCCUUGAAGCAGAAAGUUGAUUUUAUCGAUGCGUACAAAAGUCUGGGACAGGCCUAUAGAGAACUGGGCAAUUUUGAAGCCGCCACCGAGAGCUUUCAGAAGGCGCUGUUGCUCAACCAAAAUCACGUACAGACCCUGCAGCUGCGGGGAAUGAUGCUCUAUCACCACGGCAGCCUGCAGGAGGCCCUUAAGAACUUCAAGCGAUGUCUGCAGCUAGAACCCUAUAAUGAGGUGUGCCAGUAUAUGAAAGGACUCAGCCAUGUUGCGAUGGGACAGUUUUACGAAGGAAUAAAAGCACAAACUAAAGUUAUGCUAAAUGAUCCUCUUCCAGGCCAGAAGGCUAGCCCAGAGUAUCUGAAAGUGAAAUAUCUCCGAGAGUAUUCUCGGUAUCUUCACGCACACCUCGAUACUCCCCUUACGGAAUAUAACAUUGAUGUGGAUCUGCCUGGAAGCUUUAAAGACCACUGGGCUAAAAAUCUGCCUUUCCUCAUAGAAGAUUAUGAAGAGCAGCCAGGGUUACAGCCCCACAUAAAAGACGUGUUACAUCAGAACUUUGAGAGUUAUAAGCCAGAGGUACAAGAGCUGAUCUGUGUAGCUGAUCGUUUGGGAUCCCUGAUGCAGUAUGAAACUCCUGGCUUCCUGCCAAACAAGAGAAUACACAGAGCCAUGGGCUUGGCAGCGUUGGAAGUCAUGCAAGCUGUACAGCGUACGUGGACCAACUCGAAAGUUCGAAUGAAUGGGAAAACACGGCUGAUGCAGUGGAGAGACAUGUUUGACAUUGCAGUAAAGUGGAGACGGAUUGCUGACCCGGACCAGCCGGUGCUGUGGUUAGAUCAGAUGCCAGCACGAAGUCUUAGCAGAGGUUUUAACAACCACAUCAAUUUAAUCAGGGGCCAGGUGAUCAACAUGAGAUACCUGGAAUAUUUUGAGAAAAUUCUUCAUUUUAUUAAAGAUAGGAUUCUUGUUUAUCACGGAGCUAAUAAUCCUAAAGGAUUGUUGGAAGUCAGAGAGGCUCUGGAAAAGGUGCACAAAGUAGAAGAUCUCCUGCCAAUUAUGAAGCAGUUUAAUACUAAAACGAAGGAUGGGUUCACUGUGAACACGAAAGUUCCCAGCCUCAAAGAUCAAGGCAAGGAAUACGAUGGAUUCACAAUCACGAUUACGGGGGACAAGGUUGGCAACAUACUGUUUUCUGUGGAAACACAAACCACAGAAGAAAGAACACAAUUAUAUCAUGCCGAAAUAGAUGCACUUUAUAAAGAUCUAACAGCAAAAGGAAAAGUACUGAUCCUUUCAUCAGAAUUUGGGGAAGCUGAUGCUGUUUGCAACUUAAUCUUAUCCUUGGUUUACUACUUUUAUAAUUUAAUGCCACUCUCUCGAGGAUCCAGUGUGAUAGCUUACUCCGUGAUCGUGGGAGCGUUGAUGGCAAGUGGAAAGGAAGUAACAGGAAAAAUUCCCAAAGGGAAGUUAGUCGACUUUGAAGCUAUGACAGCCCCGGGUUCAGAAGCCUUUAGCAAAAUAGCCAAAAGCUGGAUGAACCUGAAAAGUAUUUCACCUUCUUAUAAGAGUCUCCCGUCCGUGUCAGAGGCGUUCCCAACGUUAAGAUCAAUGAUCGAGGUGCUAAACACUGACUCCUCUCCACGUUGUCUUAAGAAACUCUAGUCACGCUGUGGUAUUUAUACAAGUAAAGGGCCGGACCUCUUGCUUCCUAAGUUAUUUUUUAAAACAUGGCAUUCUAAAGAAACUAGGUCCUUUAUUACUUUUGAUACCAAUUUUUGAUAGGAAUUGAAUACUUGAAAUCAUUUUCUUUACUUUUGUGAACCAUAACAAAAAUCACGGAAGAGGGUUUUGGGGGGAAGAGAGCUGGCUCCGUGUCGGGGCAGGAAAGCGUGUCUAGAGGUCACCAGCCUCGUCGGCUUCCACCCACAACGUCAUACGGCUCCUUCCUUACGGCCGAGAAGUUCACUUGAAAAGCCAAACAUCGGUCAUUAAAAGGAACAAAACCGGCCACAGCACAGGAGCGUUUCCAUUCCUUUAGAGAUCUGGGUAUUUUUCAAAGACCUCCUUUAUGUGCACAUCGUGGUAGGCCAUCUUGUUUCCCCUCACGUGACCUUCACGCGUGCGACCCCCGUUUUAUUCGAAUGAUAGGACACUCACGGGCCACCACCGUGCCCCACAGCGCUCACAGCCAGGGACGUCUAUUGUGACUGAUGCAGACUGUAUUCGCCAGUGACCCAAACACUGGAUUAUGGAACCAUGUUUUGUUUCGUUUUUUUUUUUUUUUUUUUUUCCUCUGUGUUGGAAAAAAUAAACGAGGGGUGGUUUCUAUAACUCACCGGUUUUUGACACUGGAUUACGUAUGUUUUUAUUCUGCGAACUAGUGUCACUUACAGGUGUAAAAACGUUCGGGAAAUGAAUGAUUCCCCCCCCCCCCCCGAGACAGGGUGAAUGACAGUAAAAUGGGUUCAUUAAAUUGUUGCCAUUUCCAGAUCAGAAACUGUUCGCUGCUCCCUGCUAUUUACUCCUUGUCUUGAAAUCUCACAUAAGGGGUAGCACGCCAGGACAUCGUGCUUGACUUUAGUGACGCUGGACGUGAGCCAUUAUGUGCCUGGCUCGGUAGAACCCAGCUUUUGAUCAAGGUGACCUGUCCUUCGGACACACGCUGUCCGCGCGUUGACACGGCUUCACAGCAGCCACUGAGUGUGGCUCCCGUUCGUGUCUCAUCUGGUGGCCACCAGAAGGGGAGGGAAUAAGGGUCUACGUUGUCAGGCACACCCCAUCUUGUGAACAGAUUUCGCCUCCACAGGUCAGUCUUCUCCUGACGCCGGCAUUGCGCCCACAGAGGGCAAGCGUCUGUUCUCAUUCCACAGGGGGAGGGAGUUGAGGCUCUGGGCCGGGAAUGACUCUCCCAAGAGAUCGAGCUGGUGAAGCCAUGGUCCUCGCUAAACCCAGGGCCUGCCUUGCCCCACCACGGUCUCCGGAACCAAAGACUCAAUCCUCGGGCUUCUCCCAAGACUCAGAGACGAUGUCACACGGCACCGUGCAAAGUCCCGUAUAUUCCAUUUCUUUGUACUCUCAGCUUCAUGCUGUUCGAGCAGACGGGUCUACCUGCAGACUCUGAAACCACAAAAGAGCUCCUCCAGAGAUGCUGUGCGUUGCACAGCAGGAUGGCGCUGGCGGGGGUUAAACAAAGUAGAAAGGUACAGGCUUUUAACCUUUCUGCCCUUUUUGCUUAUUUUCUCAAAGCCAGAAUUCUUCACUUUUAUCAAAGACCUCCCUUCACUUUAUUGCUCGCUCUUUAAGAUUUUGAAUUACGAGAUACUGAUGUUUCAACUGGGGGAAAUGGUCCAAAUAAAUUAGCUGACUUUUCUAAAAUGCAACGAUGCGUCGAACCCCCAGAAUUGGAAUAUAUCUUUCUUGAAAUUUGGUUUACCAACUCCAAAUGCCUACCUUUGCAUUUUUAUUUCAAUAGCCCCGUUUCGCUUCAUUCAAGUAAGGUGAUUAUCACAUCAUCAGAAAUACUGACGUGCUAAAUUCUGUGAUUUCAAGAUGUUUUGGGAAAACAUUCCGUCUCCUGCCCCAAGUCCCACAACGCUUGGGCCAAGUUGACUGUGGUCCGAACUGUGUUACGUGCAGUUUUGUUUGGUGGCCAAGAAGGUACUAACUGCUGGGGCGCUGUCACGAGAAGCUUUGGAAUGCAUUUUUAUAUCAUGAUAUUUCAAGUUUUCGCCUCUUCUAUUAAAUUGAAAAACUGUGCCUAAAAAUCAACCAGAGUUGCAUCAUACAAGUUAUUCUCUGUUUAAAGCUUUUUUACAGAACAUAAAUCUCUGUCUUAAAAGUCAGAAUUUGGUUUGCUUUUAUCCUUAAAAUUUCACAUCAAAACCUUUUGAUCAUUCUGAGGAAACAAGACUGCUGUUUGUUUUAUCUGUUUCAUUUUUAUCUUGGUAGGUACACGUAUCCUUUUGGUUUUAUGGCAUAAUGUUAAGCCCUUCCUGAUAGGUGUGUGAUACCCUCAGCCUUGUCCCCCUCCACCUC